AUGCCCAGGGCGGCCAAGACCCCUUCCGGAUUCAACCGCCGAGCUCCCGUCAGGCCAUCGCCGCUGCCUACCUCCCCGGCCAGUCCGCCACAGCGUACCGCUCCCACCUGGAUCCGAAACGACUGGUCCCAAACGUCGUUCGGCAUCCCUUCAUUUGCAGCGCACUCGAGCCCAUGCUCACAAGUCUCGUGGGCGGCGAGAAACGCAUCCGUCACCAUCCACGACGUCUACACCCAUCACGCCGGCCGCUGGGACUCAGUCAAGGACAAGGCCAUGUGUGUCUAUCUGGCCAUAUGUGACGUGGUCAUCCAAAAAAGCGACAAAGCCACGGAAGCGUGCGCCGGCGCGCCCCUCCCCACGUACACCGCUUGGCGCGCCGCCCGCGAGGCCGACAUCCGUCACACGUAUGACCUCGCGAUGUGCGACUUUGGCGACGACAUUGCGCUCGACCGCGGGGCCGCGGACGACGUAUGCCUAAGCGCACUCCAGGCCCUCUUCACUGUCCACUACAACGCCAGGGAUGCGCCGCCACCCGACGAGCAAGUGAUCCCACUGCGUCUUGCCACGUUUGGCGAAUUCCUCCCCCGUCCCACCGACAUUGAGCGGCACGGCCUUGUCGUCUGGUCCACGUCGGUGGGCGAGGACACCGACGAGGGCGGCGUGAAUGCUGAGCUGCAAGCUUGGAAGGCGCAGCACGGCUCGCUCGAUACCAUGUGGGCUGCCACGGCGACGCUGACGGGGCUGCCCUCCUUGCCGCCCGGACACCGCCUCUCGACGCUCCCGCAGAACGUGGCCGGCUGGACUGUUCACUGUCCCGGGGACGAUGUCAUCCCACCCGGCCCUGUGCCAUCGCUGGCCGAGCUGUGCACGCCGACCCGCUUUCGUUGA